CCCCCAGAAUUUCGUCCCCUUCCGCGCGAUACGCAACGAACCCUCAGCCCUCCCCCCGCGAGCGUACGGAAAAAUAAGACGGAAAAACGGUACGCGAACACCGGAAACAGGAGCCGCGGUUUUGGAUAAUAACAGUCGAUAAUCGUGUGUGCAUCGCCCGCGCAGUGUUCUCGUUUCACCAUGAUGUCUCCGAUCGCCGUCUCCGCCACCCGGUCGCAUCAGUGAAGAUCUCGUGGAAACCGUGUUGCGUCGCAAUAAUAUAAUAUCACCGCGACAACAAUCGUCACACCGGCUGUUCGUUUCGUGUGCUAGUGCGUGCGCUGAAGUGCUAGUGGUUCGAUCAUGUUUUGAAUCCAAUCGCGUUCGUCGCGCUCGCGUGUGUGACAUCCGUUGCCGAAUCGAGAACACUGCUGUCGUCGUCGCGGAACAACUACUAUCAUCAGACUUUCAAAUAUCGAAUUAGUCGUGAUAAGGAGAUCACUAUGUCGAUUCCUAAACUACCAACAGACUUCCGAAGAGAUGGGUUAGCCCUAAUCUCUCGUAUGGUUAGAACUAAAGACUUAGAUAACCUUCAAGGUGAAGCUAGUCCACCAGGAAGAUUUGAUCCACACCAUCCAACAAAGUUAAAAAAAUGUCUGAACACUGUUGACUUAACGUCGCUAGGUGUUGGAUCGUGUUUGGGAACAGGCAUGUACGUGGUCACCGGACUGGUUGCUAGAAGAUUUGCCGGUCCAGCAGUUAUCAUCUCAUUCAUUAUUGCCGCCGUAGCAUCAUUGUUUUCGGGAGCCUGUUACGCAGAGUUCGGCGUUCGAGUGCCGAAUACUUCCGGGUCCGCAUAUAUGUACAGCUACGUCACUGUCGGUGAAUUUAUAGCAUUCCUGAUCGGCUGGAACAUGGUGCUGGAAUACCUCAUAGGGACUUCGGCAUGCGCGUGUGCGUUGAGUGCAAGUUUGGAUUCGCUCACCAAUGGCGCCAUAAGCGCAUCUGUCCAAAGCUCUGUGGGAUUUCUAGGCAAACCAGAUGUUUUGGCUGCAGGUAUCACUCUGUUGAUGAUGGUUCUUUUAGCAGCUGGUGUUAAGAAAAGUUUAAUGUUUAACCAUCUGAUGAAUGCCAUCAACUUGGCAGCGUGGGUGUUUCUUAUAAGCGCCGGUUUGUUUUACGUAAAUCUCGAUAACUGGACAAAGAACGAUGGAUUUCUACCCAACGGAUGGGGUGGGGUAUUUAAAGGAGCAGCAACUUGUUUUUAUGCUUUUAUCGGAUUUGACAUCAUUGCUACCACCGGCGAAGAAGCUCACAACCCGAAAAAAUCUAUUCCGCUUGCUAUCAUGGCUAGUCUGGUUAUUAUUCUUGUUGCUUACGUGAGCUCUUCAAUAAUUCUCACAUUAAUAGUUCCGUACACGAAAAUCGACGAGAACGCCGCACUUCUGGACAUGUUUGUACAAGUGGGCGCGCCCAGGUGUCAGAUGAUCGUGGCCGCGGGCGCGAUGGCCGGACUGCUGGUGAGCAUGUUCGGUUCCAUGUUCCCCAUGCCCAGGAUCAUCUACUCGAUGGCCCAAGACGGUCUGCUGUUUAAGUCACUCAGUCAGGUGUUCCCGUUGACCGGCACCCCGGUAGUGGCCACGGUGAUAUCCGGAGUGGCUUCCGCAAUAGCCGCUCUCGUCAUCAACUUGGACACUCUUAUCGAAAUGAUGUCCAUCGGCACGCUGUUCGCGUACACGCUGGUCUCGACGUGCGUGCUGAUACUCCGGUACCAACCGCAGACGUCCACCGUCAUACACUUCUUCCCGGAGUCGAUGCGGUCGCCGGCGAACGCGGCGCCCAAGCAGAUGGUCACCAACGGACGGGUAAACUUCGUGGUGCCGGACGACCAGAGGUACGCGUACACGAACCAGGGCUACGGCACCGGGCAGACGUCGUUCUACCAGACCCAGCUGCCGUUGCCCCAGCAGAUCAUACCGUCGCAGAGGAUAACGGUCCGAAAGGUAACUAGAAGUUCUCCGGAUUCGGAUGACACGUAUUACGGCGAUGACUCCGAGGAAGGCCGUGAUGACCAGUACCUGGUGUCUGAUAGGUGCGAGAACAAGUUCUACGGUUCCGUGCACGGAGGAUCAACGGCCGGAUCGACGGCCGCGCCCGGAGGAUUCAGUGCGGCCAGCGCAAAUAUCACUAGAUCCAUCAAGGCGGCUACAUAUUUGUGUCCGGCCAUAUUCCCGUGGGUGGACAUGGGACCAGCUACUGAGGAGAGCGGAAUGGUGGUCCUGAAACUGGUUGGCGUGUUCUACGUGCUCAUCAUCGUAUUCGACGUGCUGUUAGUGUUCGUGUCGGCCGAAUCGUCCACUUUCGUUUAUGUCUUGUUGUAUGCCCUGUUGAUCGUGGUGAUCGCCGUGCUGGGCGUCAUAUCGCGUAAGCCGCAAAACAAACAAAUACUUGUAUUCAAAACACCUUGGGUUCCAUUUGUACCAGCAUUCUCAAUCGCCGUCAAUCUAUAUUUAAUAUUUCAGCUAAGCUCAAUGACUCUACUGCGGAUUGUCGUAUGGGUCUCAAUUGGCCUGUUCGUUUACUUCUAUUACGGCAUCAAACACAGUACGUUGGAAGCACCGGUGGACGAGGACGAGAGAAUAGAACUGAAAAUUAAGUCACAACCGAAACCGCAGAACCGGCCGCAGGUGCCGCCGCCGACAGUGAAGACAACCCCCGUGGCCUCCUCCACCGCGAAAGUUACCUCUGCCACCACUGCUGUAGGUGUCGUAGACGAGAAGGCCGAACCGAAGAGGCCUACCAACUUGGAACCGUUGCCUGCGAACAAUGACAGCAAUUUGUUCGUGUCACCGUCCGCUUUUCCGAAAUGGGAGGAUUAGAUUGACUGACCACAUAUAAAAUAAAAAAUUAAAAUAAAAAAAAAAAAUUAAAAAAUUUAAAAAAAGAUAAAAUAAACAAAUAAGAAUCAAAAAUCUGACGGACUCGCUUUCCGAGACUUCAAUGAUUAUUGUAAAUAGGGAUGUAAAAAAUGAUUAUUAAUAAACGAUAGAUAAUAAUUUCUUUGGACUACCAAAAUGACUAUACACGAUAUUAUUAUUACUAUUAUUGUCAAUACGAUAAAUGUUAUUAAUACGUGAUACGUAUAAUUUUUUAACUACCUAUAUAUUAUUAUUAUAAAUAUUAUUCAAAGUCGAUAUACUAUAUUUUGAUUGUUAAACGUUUAAAAGAGUCCUGAAAUAGCGGAUAUAGAAAGCUUUUUAAAAAUCCGUCGAACGACUUUUUUCGUGAAUUCCAUGCAUUACGUUUUUGCGCUGUUAUUUAGAAACUUGCGAUCUUAAUUAAUAUUUAACCCGCGUUAGCAAAUAUUAAAUUUAAGUAGAUCACUUAAAUUAUAUAUAGAGAUA